AUGAUCGUCAACCCGAAUCAUAUCAGAACCAUACUGCGGUCUUCUAGGACCCUGACGAACAGGCCUAUGAUGGCUUUUGUCAUGGAGAAAUGGUUUUCCACGCCUAAAGAAUAUUUGCGCUUCUAUGCUGCUCAUGAUCCCACUUCGACACCGGGAGGAAUGCCUGAGCAUAUGCAUGAUUUCCAGGUGAAGGUCAGCGUCAAGUACUUGUCAGGAAAACACCUCCUGGAAAUGUCAGAGAGAUACCUUGCAAUUCUCAAGCGCAGGCUAGUGAAGCUCGAGAUUCAACCGGACAGUUGGGUGGAGAUCUCGGAUUUUUAUACAUGGCUUCAGAUCCAGGUCACUCCCUCGAUUAUUGAAGCCAUGAUGGGUUCACGAAUUCUAGAAAUGUAUCCUGGCAUCGUGGAGGACUUUUGGAAAUUCGAACAUCAGGUCGCAAACUAUUCCCGUGGCUUGCCUCGCUGGAUGAUUCCAUCUGCAUACAAAACCCGGGAACGUUUGCUGGCGAAUAUCAAGGCAUGGAAUCGGCUUGCAAGUUGCAAGUCGGAUUAUACGCAGCAUGGGGAGGAGGGGCCUGAGUGGGAUGAAUUCUUUGGGACCAGAUUCAUCAAAGCUCGUGAAGAUUAUUUGAGGGAGUAUGGUCUGAAUGAGGACGCAAUCGCAUCUGAGCACCUUGGCCUUAUUUUUGGAUCCAAUGCAAAUGUCGUUCCCGCUGUCUUCUGGUAUAUUUUUGAAUCUUUCAGAGACUUGGAAUUGCAAGAAAAACUGAAGACGGAGCUCGAGGAUUGUUUGAAACCAGAAACUGACGACUUUGAUAUUCCCAAGUUUUCCACUAAACCUCUGCUGCAAUCCACUUACGCGGAAGUCUUGCGUCUCUGCGUUACAACCACCACGACACGCACAAAUGAGGAUGCCAACUUCAAGCUGGGUCCGGAUUACACUAUUGACAAAGACAUGACAAUGACAAUAUUCGCCUCGGUUACGGCUUAUAACAGACAAGCCUGGGGAGCCGCAAGACCGGAGAGCAUUGUCAGACCUCUGGGUGAGUUCUGGCCAGAGCGAUUUCUUCGAAAGAACAAAAAAGAAGCAAAUUUCAGUCUGGAAGGCUUGACUGAAUGUUGGAUGCCUUACGGUGGAGGCCAACGUAUGUGCCCUGGUCGUCAUUUUGCCAAGAAUGUAAUCAUCGGCACGCUGGGAUUGCUCUUCGAGUUGUUUGAAUCUGGGCUGGUCGAUGUUCAACAAGCUGAACAGGUUAAGCCUGACACGAAAUGGGUGCCAUAUGGAACGUUACCACCUACGAAGAAGGUGGCCGUGAGACUUCGAAGACGUGCAGGAUGA